AUGUCGCAGCGGUACGAUCUCGUCGUUUUCGGCGCCACCGGCUACACGGGACAGCUGGUGUGCAAGUACCUUGUUACGCACGAUGCGCGGCCGAGCUGGGCUAUCGCGGGUCGAUCGGCGUCUCGACUGUCAUCUCUCAAGACGUCGCUGUCGCUUGCAGAGAGCGUGGGUGUGAUCGAAGCAGACACGUGUUCGUACUCUUCGCUCACCUCGAUGACAUCGCAGGCCAAAGUUGUGAUCAACAUUGUCGGUCCGUAUCGCCCGUUUAAAGCGACCGAAGUGGUGCGCGCGUGCAUCGAGACGUCGACUCACUAUGUCGAUCUCAGUGGCGAAACCGGCUUCAACAAGGACUGUAUCGAUCAGUUCCACCUCGAGGCACAAGCCAAGCGUGUCGUGGUGGUCAAUAGCGCUGGCUUCGACAGUCUCCCGUUCGACUUGAGCACGUACCUUGCCGUGCAGAAGCUCAAGCAGUUGACACACGCAAACAGCCCUGUCAAGCUCGCAGAGUGCGCAUACAAUCUACCGGACAGCCUAUCGGCGGGAACGCUGGCGAGCGCUAUCAGUAUGGUCAAUGAGAAACAGCAGAUGUACAGCAUCCGAGGCGAUUGGCUCAGUCCGGUCGCCAAACCGGACGCGCUCGUGUUCAACACGGUUCGAUGGUUCGCCCAGCGCAACAGGUGGGGUGCACAAAACACCUUCUCGAUCCACAACACGCGUAUCGUCAACCGCACCUGGGGUCUGCUUGAACACCACAACUCUCCGCAAGCGUACGGCGAAGCGUUCAUCUACAGAGAAGGCGUCAUUACUCCCUUUAAGCUGUACGGCAUAGUGUUCAGCUACAUCAAUGCGCUCUCCAUCUGGCUGCUCAUGAACGUUGCGCUCGUCCGGUCGCUUGUCAAAAAAACCAUGCCACCCAACUCUGGCCCGACCGAAAAAAGUCUUGUCAACUCGACCAUGCGCGUCGACACGGUCGCCACUGCCGACGACGGCACGCAAGCCAUCUGUUCGAUCCACGCCAAAGGUCACGCUGGCUACCUGCUCACCGCAAGGAUGAUCGUCGAAACCGCGCUCACCAUCACCGACGACAGGUCCAAAAAAUCCAACCCGCUCGACCCCAUCCAAGGCGGCGUCCUCACCCCCGCCCUCGUCGGCGCAGAAACACUCGCACAAAGACUCGUCCAGUUCGCCCACUUCCAAAUCACCACCGACACGUUCCUCCCGUCCGAACCGAAAAAGUCCAAGUAA